CACAAAAUGGCGGCAGCGGCGGCAGCCGGAGCUCCGGGGUCGACGGCCCCCGCGGCGGCGGCCGGUGCCUCGGGCUCGGGGGGCGCCGCGCCGGGGUCGCAGGGGGUGCUGAUCGGGGACAAGCUGUACUCGGGCGUGCUCAUCACCUUGGAGAACUGCCUGCUGCCCGACGACAAGCUCCGCUUCACGCCGUCCAUGUCGAGUGGUCUCGACACGGACACGGAGACCGGACUCCGCGUGGUGGGCUGCGAACUCAUCCAGGCGGCCGGCAUCUUGCUCCGCCUGCCGCAGGUGGCCAUGGCUACGGGGCAGGUGCUGUUCCAGCGGUUCUUCUACACGAAGUCCUUUGUGAAGCAUUCCAUGGAGCAUGUAUCCAUGGCCUGUGUACACCUUGCCUCCAAAAUAGAAGAGGCUCCGAGACGAAUCCGGGACGUCAUCAAUGUGUUUCAUCGCCUUCGACAUCUGAGGGAGAAAAAGAAACCUGUGCCUCUACUACUGGAUCAAGAGUAUGUUAACUUAAAAAACCAGAUCAUAAAGGCAGAGAGACGUGUCCUCAAGGAGCUGGGCUUCUGUGUCCAUGUGAAGCACCCUCACAAGAUAAUCGUUAUGUACCUUCAGGUGUUAGAGUGUGAGCGUAAUCAACACCUGGUCCAGACUGCAUGGAACUAUAUGAAUGACAGCCUUCGCACAGAUGUCUUUGUACGGUUCCAGCCUGAGAGCAUUGCCUGUGCCUGCAUCUACCUCGCUGCCCGGACGCUGGAGAUCCCUCUACCCAAUCGUCCUCAUUGGUUUCUUUUGUUUGGAGCAUCUGAAGAAGAAAUUCAAGAAAUCUGCUUAAAAAUCCUGCAGCUUUAUACACGGAAAAAGGCCGAUCUGACACACCUGGAAAGUGAAGUGGAAAAGAGAAGACACGCCAUUGAAGAGGCGAAGGCACGAGCCAGGGGCCUCCUGCCUGGGGGCCCUCCAGUGCCGGACAGCUCUGCAGGAUUCUCCCCUGUCCCCAAACUGGUAGAAUCCCCCAAAGAAUGUAAAGGAACCAAGCCUUCCCCACUCUCUGUGAAGAAUGCCAAGAGGAAAGUGGAGGGCAUGAAGAAAGCUAAGCCUGACAGUCCUGUGAAUGGCUUGCCAAAGGGGCGAGAGGGGCGAGAGAGUCGAAGCCGUAGCAGGAGUCGGGAGCAGAGCUACUCAAGGUCCCCAUCACGGUCUGCUUCUCCUAAGAGGAGAAAAAGCGACAGUGGCUCUACCUCAGGUGGGUCCAAGUCACAGAGCCGAUCUCGGAGCCGUAGUGAUUCCCCACCAAGGCAGGCACAUCGUGGUGCUCCCUAUAAAGGCUCUGAGGUGAGGAGCUCUCGGAAAUCCAAGGACUGCAAGUACCCCACCCAGAAACCACACAAGUCUCGCAGCCGGAGCUCAUCCCGCUCUCGAAGCCGGUCACGAGAGCGGAUGGAUAAUUCUGGAAAAUACAAGAAGAAAAGUCAUUACUAUAGGGAUCAGCGACGUGAGCGCUCCAGGUCAUAUGACCGCACCGGCCAUCGCUAUGAGCGGGACCACCCUGGGCACAGCAGGCAUCGGAGGUGAGGUGGUGUCCCUGGGGGCUGCCCUUGGCCCCUCCCCGUCAGGCAAACCUUGGCUUGAGUGGCUCCAUAGCACGAUUCUUUUUGGAAGUCUUUUUGACUAUGGACCCUGAGGUGAAUUUGGAAAUGGAGUUGAGGGGACGGACAGCCAGGUGCCCUUCAGGUUGACCUGGGGCGUGGCACAUGCCUGUACCACCUCAGCUACAGCCUUGCAGGCAGCUUGAUGGAAGUGCAGUGGCUCGAGUCCCUGUUGGUGUGGCUUGGUGCUAUCAACAAGCUGUGUCUUCACUUCCGUACUGAUACUCAAUUACGUUAAGCCAAGAAAGAUGAUUUUUAGAAUCUUUGCCUAUAUUAGGUUGUACUUAUGUACAUAUUUUGCAGUGUUUCACGAUGAGAAAAUGGCCUUAAUAGCCCCUUAUUCUCUAUCCACGUUGUAAAUAAACAUGUGUUUAAUACAAAUGAAAGUUAUAUAUACAAACUCAGAACUUGAAUUCUGCCAGCUGAAAACUUGUGUAGAGAAUUCUGAUUUUUAAAAUGUGAAGGUAUGUAGGUCUGUGUUGAAAGUCAUAUAUUUUUAUCUGUGCAAUGCUGAGUGCAGGCCACCAGCUCCUAAAUAGAAAAGUUUCUUAUUAUAUGCAUUUUACGUGGUUGAAUAAACACAAUUCUCUUCUCAGGAUAUAUGGGACAUUGAAGAUUUUGUAGGUUGUUGUUCUGUUUGCUUGUUAGCAUGUGCAGCUAUGCAUAGCCAACUUGGCUGUUCUAGGGGCAUGUUUGAGCUGCUGUCCCUACUCCCUCACCUGAAGGUUAGGUUUUGUAUUGAGCUCCUUUGCACCUGCCUGAAACCAUCUGCUCUUUGAGAUGAGGGACUGGAGGUGUGAAAUCUCUUUAAGUGAUGCUGAAGUGCUCUCUGGCCUGAAGGUCACUGGUUUAUAACCCAUGCCAUCUUUCCUUUGUGUGGGCACAGGGACAACUGGGAGCAGUGUUCCUCUCAGAACUGGGGCCUUCCUGUGGGCCAUGGGUGGAUGGAUAGGUGAGAAAGGCAAGCCUGGGGCCAUUUUCUAUUCCUGGGAUAGAUGCUGUGUCUCACCUAGGCCUGUCAUUCAUCUGGUUUUUGGCUCUUCUGUUGGUCACUUCCCGAGGCUAGACUUGUUAAAUGGGCUUGUGGGGGCAGCUUCAGAAUGGUUGAGGCUCCAUGGACUGAGCUUCCAUCAUUGGUGGUAGUCCCCAGGGUGUCUGGGAGAAGGGACAGGUGAAGCCCAGCCUACCACUGAGACGUAGACAGGGUUGUUCUUCCAGCUCAAGCUCAGGCCACUGUCACCAUCUGGCAAUUGCAGUGGCAGCUCCAUGCUGGCCACUUGAAACUCCUGACCUCUGUCUGUCCCAGUAUGUCAAUCCUGACCCUCAGGCCUCAUGCUGAAACACUUUUC